CUGUUUAUUUACUGUCAAUUCCUGUUUCCAAAGUUCCGGUAUUUGUUUGGCUUUUAGUUUUAAUGCUGUUGGUACUAAAGUGUAUACCACAUAAAAUCAUCCAAAUUACGGAAUUGUGUUCGUUCGCAACUGAAAUAAAUUUGAACAUAUUUUUGUUUCCUAGAAUGUUUUUCUGUCUUCAUUAAAGAUUCUUUUACGGUUGAGGUUGAGGUUAACCAUUUGUAUAUCUAUGAGGUUGCCAUUAAUAGAAAUUGCUGGACUAUUGUGUGUAUAAGUGAUGUAAGUAAGUUGGUCUAAAUUUUAUAAAACUGUUAUUUUGCAUAGAUACUAUCAAACAAAUUACGUAUCGUGUGUGCAUUAACAAUGUUUACUAGUGAAUCCGUUAUAGACACGCCCAUACAUCUAAUCGGCUGAGAGACAAAAGCAUCGUGCCUUCAAAACAUUUUUACGAUUGAAAGUUUUCGAUUUUAUCCGCCUAAUUGAUAACAUGGAGUGUGAUUUGCCUGAGGAAGACUUUCUCCAGCAACUGUCCAAUGACCUUGAGAUCCCAAUGUUGCUGGAGGAGAGUCUACAUUCUGAUCGUGAGAUGGACCAUCUGUUUGAAGCUAGUUCAUUUUUCAAGGAGUUUGAUGACUGGGGAAUGGAUUCGGUGUUCCACAAGGCUCCUGACAGUCUGUCCCAAGUGCUGAUAAAGGAAGAGAUCAUGUUAGAGACUGACGUUAUCCCAGAGUCUCCGUGUAGUCAGAGUCAGGACAGCUGGUCCUCGGCUUCAUCCUCAUCCUCCACAGACACCAAGAACAUACUGGAGACGCCGCCAAUAUCCCCGCCACAGUCCAGCAGUGGCAGUCCACCACGCACCCCCACACCCCCUUUGUCACAACCAGCCCCGCCUGUACUCAUGUUAGCUGGCAAACCUGUCAAAAUGGUUCCUUUCAAACAAGGCACCCAGCUGUCCGAUAGCAAAACCAAAGUGAUGCUGCCAAAACAGUUUACAGCCAAGAACGUGAUUCUGCAGUCCAGACCUGUUAAUGUGACGUCUGUGCCUAUAAGUUCUUCAGCCCAUAAUGGACAAAAGACCCUGGUGAUCUCAUCCAAAGAGUUGAAUGCUCUGAGGAGUCAAGUAGCGGUGAACAAACAGUCAUGCCCUGCAGAGAUCAGGAUAGUCAAUCCCAUCAACUUGGCCCCCACUAAUGUCAAUGUGAAGAAUAUACCCUCUGACAGACAGGACAUACAGCUAAAAGCAUUGAAGCGGCAACAGAGAAUGAUCAAAAACAGAGAAUCUGCGUGCCUGUCUAGGAAGAAGAAGAAGGAAUAUAUAACAUCUUUAGAAUUCAGGAUAUCUGAGCUUGAGAAAGAGAAUAUUCAGCUGAAAACUGAAAAUGAAGCUCUCAGAGCCAGGUUGUGUGAAUGUGAUCCUACGAUAGUUAAGAGGCCCAAAUCUGCGUUCAACAUCAACGUGAAGAAAACUGCAAUUCUGGCUGUGUUGUUGAUGGUGUCUGUUAAUCUUGGGUCUCUCAGUUUCCUGACGAGGGGCAGACCGGGAGCUGAUGCGGUGAUGUCUAUGCCUGAAGUGGCUCUGCCUCGUGGUGGCCGUCGUCUGCUGUGGACGGACAGCGAUCUUCAGAACAUCUCUACAUCACCAGUAGACUCCUCAUCUCUCUACCCUAUGUGUCCCCUGCACAUCAACCAGACUGAGUCCCUCAGGUUGGACAGUGAGUUACGUCGGUGGAUUGGUGCAGAGAAACCUCCUACGUUCACCAACAACAGCGACGAGGACAGUGAGAGUGACUUUAUAGAUGUUCAGCUGGCACGAGACAGCCGACUCAUGUUGCAUGAGAACCGCAACCCAUCCCCUCCUCUGAUACCUCGGGCCCGGAGAAAACUCAAACUUGACAGGCCCAAGAAGGAGGUGGGGGAGGUAGAGCUAGUAGUGCCAGCUGGUCCAGGACUGUUUGGAGCUCUCAACCGUAGAGACGACACAUUCUACGUCGUGUCCUUCUCAGGUGACCAUCUGUUGCUGCCAGCAGCGGCUCACAACAACAGUGUCAGACCUAAGAUGUCUUUGGUGCUGCCUGCCCUGCCUUUCAACUCCACUGUGGACGCCUCUGCCUCCUCAGUGACGAUGAUGCAGAUAGACUGUGAGGUGUUGGACACGAGACUAGUGGAGCUGAGUGAGAGAGAUAUUCCUACACAUCUGCGUCAGGCCAAGCCACCGGCCGCAACACAGCGCCACAAAAACGGCUCUCAAGAAGAGGAGCCAGUAAGAAGUUCCUACAGGCCUUACUUUGUUCGGUCAAACAACUUUGUAGAUCCGUACGCCCAAGUACCACGGGGGCCAAGAGACCCAAAAUUGUUUUCGUGAGCAACUCGAAACAUCUAGAAAACUUGAUCUCACCAGUGGAAAACUGGAUGCGUAAUGCACAAUGAACUAUUUUGGUCUGUUUUGCCACUUGUUUUGAUAUGGUACAUGUGUGUGAAAAUCAGCACCAAUUAGCCUGUUGUUGUGAAGUUUGGUGAGCCUGAUUGGUGUUAAUUGAUUAAGUUUUGUUCACUGGAAGCACCAAAGGAAUUUCUUGAGAAGUGUUGUGAACUGUUACAUUUUAGUCGUUACAAAUAUUCUGAAAAUCAUAAUUCUGUAAAUAAACCCCACCCAACUUGCUUGGAAAAAAUACUAAAAAGGCUAAGAAGACACCUUGCAUUUGUUAUUUAUUCCAAAUUAAAAUUAAAUCUGCCACUGCCAUUCCUACAAAAAAAACCAUAACAUUUGGGUAUUCUUUUAUUAACAAGUAACUCUUAUUUUUCAUUAGUCCAACAAAUAUUGGAUAAACAGCUUGUCCAAUGCUAUUCAUUUUAGAGAAUUUCCCAUAUAGGAAAUAAGCUAUUACCGUAGUACUCAUGGUAAGACCUGGACCCGGGACCGAAUUGCUUUUUCGUUUUGAGGUCCCUAGAGGCCAAAAACACCAUCUGUUCAAAUUCAUAUUUAUGUGUCCGUUAGAACGAUAACUCGAGCAAAAAUGAUCCGAUUUUGAUGAAAUUUGGUAAAAACCUGUAAACCUACAUGUAUUCAAAAGAGUUCGCGAACCAGCAUGAUCGGACUAUGGGAAUGGGGGUUUUAUGGGGUAAAAAUAGGUAUUUCCCACUUUUGACCCUAAAAACACAAAAUUUCACAAUUUAUUUCAAAACCAUUUUGUAGAGCUUAAAAAAACAAAUAAUUUAGUAUAUUGAAGCGUUACUGUUAACCUAAUGGUUACGGAGAAAAUUCCAAAAAAUUUUUAAUUUAAAAUUCCGAUGUUAUUCUUAUGGAGAAUAAGUCAACUGUUGUAGUUUGCUUGUUUAUGAACAUAUUUUGAUUGAAUUUGGAAAAUACAUUAAUUUCUUACCAAACUAUUAACAUUUUACAGAAAAAACCCACCUUUUUACCCUCCCUGUUGCAGCAAACCUAAGUACUCGUUUAGUACUAUUUAAAUAGGGAAUAAAUGUGAUAUUCUUAAGGAGGGAUUUUAGUGUAAAUCCUAUCAGGCUAAUGGAAAUUCGCUUAGUCUGCAGGUUUGCUGCGGCGGGGGUAUUAUUUAUUGCAUCAUACAAGAAGGCGCUAGUUUCUUCUUUUUACAAAUUUUUGGAAUUAAUGAAAUGGUCAGAGGAUAGUCGUCAAGUAACAAAGAGCAUUUAUCCAAGAUCUAAGAUAAUUGUGUUGUGUCAUAAAGUAACUUGGAUAAGAUAUGUCAAAAUGCAAUCUUUUAUCAUUCGGUGUACCUGAAAUUCUUAAAAUUAAGUUAAAUCAGUGUAACUGAUUGAAAAAACUACUAAUUAGUUUAUUGACAUAAAUUUUUUUGUGAUAAAAAGAUUUAUUGUGGAUAAAUUAAGUUUUUAGCAAUUUACACUAUUGAACAAUAUUUAUUCCAUGUUUUAUGGAUUUUGUCGCAUCAGUCUCACACAAUACUCAGUCUGGAUUUAUCUUGUAAAUAUCACGUUUGAUAAUGCAAAUACUAGACUUUUAGAUAUUUAUAUGAUUAUUACUAGGUAUAAUUUAGUAAAUUAUCUGGGUGUGUUGUGUUCCUUACUUGUUGUAAGCUUGUAGUAAUUACAUUCCUACCUUGUAAUCGUCCCCUGGGAUUACAGAGUAACAGUAUUACGCCUUGUAAUUUGUAAUAUAACUAGUUAGUGUGAAACUGUCCUGUGAUGGUUUCGGACUGAAUAAACAAAGUCAUAUAAUUGAUACAUUGGAAUAUUUAUUUGUUGUAUGGCGAGUGCAUCAGAAUGAACGUAAAGCUUGAGUUUCUACUUGUAUUUGGCAUAGAAAGUAGGCUACUAAGCUACAGUGUAAAGAAUAGUUUUAACCCCUUGUCCGUAUCCUCCUGUACUUUUCAAAGAUACUCAAUUUAUUAUGUACAGAGUGUUGAAAAAUACAAUACUGCCCAUUAAUCAUUGAUUGCUUCACUGAAUAACGGCAUAUUGUAUGGAAUUUUAAAAUUGUUAAACCCCAUUUUUUCACCAAAUAACCCUUUCAAGAUUCUCAUGUCAGCCAGAUAUCCUGUGUAAUAUCAAAAUAACCAUUUCACGAUCGCCUUUAGCCUGCGGUCAAUUUCUGAUUAUAGUCUAUCCACAUGAUUUCUGAUGAGAUUUUAUUUGUUUCCAAGUAGCACUUAAUCCAUCAGAAAACAUUGUUUCCAAAUUUGUAAAAGAAAUUUGAUCCAAAUCUAGUGAAAGAUCGAUCAUUUACUGGUGGUGCUAUAGUACAUGACUGACUGAUUGAAUAAUUGUUGGCUAGAAUUUUGAUUUUAAAACAAGUAUUGUACCCUAACAUAUUUACUGUGAAUUACAUGUAAUAUAUUGCAAUUUCUAUCAAUAAUCAUAGAACCGUGGCAAAUCCAACCCACCUUUUUUGUAAAACACGCUUUAGUUGGAAGCUUGAAGAUGAAUUGGUUGGAACAUUUAAUUUUGUUUGUGUAGUAAAAAGACAAUUGAAACUUUUUUUCAAUUAGUGAUAGGCUAGAUUCAAAUCAGGCUCCAAAACUACUUUUAAGCCUGUUUGUGAUAGACAAGGCAAAACAAAAAGCUCAAUAUGAUAUUUUUUUAUACAAAAGGGCCAUUUACUGGGGUGGUCUUUUCCUGGUGCACUCGCCCUAGAGACUAGAUGGAAAUCAGUUGACACUGUAUGCAAUUUGUUUGCAAAAAAAUAUGUUUAUCCAUUGUAAAAAAAAUUACUUUCAGCAUUAUCUAUAAUGUACUAUCUGACAAUGUUAAGAAACUAUCUCCCUGGUUUCCUGACUUUGCACAGAUUAUUGUACAUACUCUAAUGUUCAACAAAAAUGUUAUAUAAUUCAGAUAAUUUUAGGCCACAUUUUUACAAAUAAGUAAACAUUACAGUCAUUUGGCAUUUUUAGAUUGCCUAGCCUAAGCCAAACCAUUAUAUCCUACCAUGUCAUACAAUUAGAAUUAACUUAUUGGUUUCUAAACCUUACACUUUUGCUUGUUUUAAUGUAUGUUAUAAAAAUAUACCAAAAAGAGGUUUUCAUAGUUGUUAUAGAUUGUCAAAUAUAGUUUUUAUUUGUUAACGGAUGCAAUAUUUUAUACGUGUUUCAGUUUGUAUAGUUUUAAAGAUUAAUAUGUUGUAUUAUUUUGUAUAUUUUACAUUUUCACUAUUGAUAAUGUAGUAUGAAGUCAUAAAUACAAAUUUAUGGGAAGUA